UCGCUCGCCUUUUUAUAGCGUAACUGCGGGACUAGUGGCUGGUCUUUAAUCAGAGACUGGAGAGGCGGGCCGAGGUGCUGACUGUAAUGCGAUAGCUGCGCCCGUCCUUAAUGCUAUUACAUCCACAUGCUGCUGCCGCGCAAGACUCAGCGCUCAAACGCAGAGACGCGCAGUGCCAAAGAGACAGCGCGCGGAGGAUCUCUAUCCCAAGACUUCAGUCACGGACCCACUGUACGGAAGACCACAUCCGAGCUGCCUUUCUCUGAUAGUGUUUCUCAUAUGCGAGAUAUAGAGCGCUUGGUGGUGGAUUCUGAGGCGACAAGAUCGGGAAAACGCUCCAUGUCACUUGGGUUGGAAGGCGAGAGAACGCGCGGCUCACCUCACUCCUCGUUCACUCGCGCGCCGCUGUAGCUCGAGGAAAUCAAGCCAAAAUAUGUUUUCGCUCUGAACUCUGGCUUUUAAAGAGAAAGCGGUUUAGCCUUUUUUGUUUUGUUUGCGUUGCUUUUGUUUAGGAUACAACCGGAGAUGUUAAACAGCCUGGGUUGAAUUUACGCAUCCAGCAUUUUGAAGCACACCGAGAAAUCAAGCGGAAGAUAUUGUAAUCGGACUCAAAGACACAAGUGGAUACAACAUCAGUGGAGAAGAACAUUUACAAAGAACAUCACAAGAACUUCAGCUUUUUCCUCUACGCGCGCUGGGUGAACAUUCACCCAGGAAAGAUGGAUUUAUUCGCAAAGCUCUGUGGAUCUUUACUUGUCUUGUGUGCGGCAUUAGUUUAUGGACAGGAGGAACCGUGUGGUGGGAGUUUUGAUGCCAGUGAUGCAGGGUACAUCACUACACCUGGUUACCCGCUGGAGUACCCGCCUCACCAGAAUUGCAGAUGGGUGAUCACAGCGCCCGAACCAUCCCAGCGGAUCGUCUUAAACUUCAACCCACACUUUGAGCUGGAAAAGCUUGACUGCAGAUAUGACUUCAUCGAGAUCCGGGAUGGAAACUCGGAUGGCGCCGACCUUUUGGGAAGACACUGCAGUAACAUCGCGCCCCCUGCGAUCAUAUCCUCAGGCCCAGUUUUGCACAUCAAGUUCGUCUCAGACUACGCCCACCAGGGGGCAGGGUUUUCGCUGCGCUAUGAAAUCUAUAAGACAGGCUCCGACUGUUCCAGAAACUUCACCAGCCCUUCAGGUGUGAUCGAGUCACCUGGUUUUCCUGACAAAUACCCACACAACCUGGAGUGCUCCUUCAUCAUCGUGGUCCCGCCUCACAUGGACGUCACCCUCACCUUCCUGACCUUUGACCUGGAGAACGACCCCUUGCAGGGUUCGGAGGGCGAGUGCAAGUACGACUGGCUGGAGGUGUGGGACGGCCUCCCGCAGGUGGGACCAUUGAUUGGACGCCACUGCGGUACCAAAAUCCCUUCUGAAAUCCAGUCGUCCACUGGAAUCCUUUCUCUAUCCUUUCAUACGGACAUGGCUGUGGCCAAAGAUGGUUUCUCUGCCCGCUAUAACAUGACUCUCAAGGAGGUCAACGACAAUUUCCACUGCAGUAAUGAUCUUGGCAUGGAAUCAGGAAAGAUCAGCGAUGACCAGAUCUCUGCAUCGUCCAGCUUCUAUGACGGCCGAUGGUCUCCAAGACAAGCUCGACUCAACUUUGACGACAACGCUUGGACGCCCAACGAGGACAGCAACAAAGAAUACAUCCAGGUGGACCUGCACUUCCUGAAGGUUCUGACAGGCAUCGCUACACAGGGUGCAGUCUCCAAAGAGACUCACAAGUCCUACUUCGUCACCACCUUUAAGCUGGAGGUCAGCACUAAUGGAGAGGACUGGAUGAUAUACAGAUUCGGCAAGAACCACAAGGUUUUCCAUGCGAACGCAGACCCCUCAGAGGUGGUCCUGAACCGGAUCCCCCAACCCGUCUUGGCUCGGUUUGUCCGCAUCCGACCUCAGUCAUGGAAGAAUGGAAUCGCUUUACGCUUCGAACUUUACGGCUGUCAAAUCACGGACGCUCCAUGCUCCGAGAUGCAGGGAAUGCUCUCUGGCCUUCUUCCGGAUUCCCAGAUCUCUGCCUCCUCCAUGAGGGACAUCCAUGGGGCCACAGGUGCCGCACGGCUGGUGGCCAGUCGCUCAGGGUGGUUCCCCAGUCCCACACAGCCCGUGGCUGGAGAAGAAUGGCUGCAGGUAGAUCUGGGAGUCCCCAAAACAGUACGGGGUAUCAUCACACAAGGAGCCCGAGGAGUGGAUGGUAGUACCAGCGCAGAAAAUCGUGCCUUCGUGCGAAAGUAUAAACUGGCCCAUAGCUUGAAUGGAAAAGACUUGAGCUACAUCAUCGACCCUAAAACUAAUCUCCCAAAGAUUUUUGAGGGUAACACACACUACGACACCCCAGAGAUCCGUCGAUUUGAUGAGAUUGUGGCCCAGUUUAUCAGGGUGUAUCCGGAGAGGUGGUCGCCCGCUGGCAUUGGGAUGAGAAUGGAGAUACUGGCUUGUGACUUGCCAGAAUCUACCACCAUUCCUGACACUGCAACGCCAACUAUCCCAGCUCAGGAGGAGACAAGCACAGCACACAGAACGCCAGCUCCCACUACUCUUUCGUCUCUGGGUGGUCUGUGUGACUUUGAGCAGAGUAUGUGUGGAUGGACCCACGACCCCAUGUCUGAUCUGAAGUGGUCUAUGUAUAGUUCCUCCAGUCCGAGUUUGGACCUGACACACGGACCUGAUAAUUUUGGGAAUUUCCUGUAUGUGGAAGCGAGUCCCAUGUCAGAGCCUCAGCGGGCACGUUUAUUGAGCCCAUCGGUGGGACCCGAACGGCGUCUCGUCUGUCUGCUCUUCUACUACCAGCUUCGGGGUGCAGGUCAGGAAAGUCUUCGUGUGCUGCUGCGGGACGACGACCAAGAGGAAACUCUGCUUUGGACACUGAAAGGAGACCAGGGGUCCAUGUGGAGGGAAGGUCGCACCAUCCUGCCUCAGUCCCCUAAAGAAUAUCAGGUUGUGAUCGAAGGAUUUUUUGAGCGUGGCAGUCGAGGACACAUCCGGAUUGACAACAUCCAUAUGAGCUCCAGCAUUGAUCUUGAGCAGUGCACACAACCCUUUGCUGCAUUCCCUCCUGAAAUGACUGGGGGAGCCUCAACUAGCUGGAGCAACCCCACUGUUGACACGACAGUGUCCCUGCAGCCCAUGCCCACUUACUGGUAUUACGUAAUAGCCGGAGGUGGAGCCAUUUUCCUCCUGGGCUGCAUCACGUUGGUCAUGGUGUUGUGUUGCCAUCGCUACCACCUGGCGGCCAAGAAGAGCCAGCACUCUGUGUCCUACCAGAGCACAUACACGGGACAGUAUACAGGCAGCGGUGGCACCGGCGGUCUCGCCGGGUCUGGGGUAGAGCCGAUGCUCACGAUUAGGUUAGAGAAGCAAGAGCCCUGUUCCCAGUGCUGAGAAGACAUGGAUGAAUCCCUUCAUCCCUCGAGGACACCAGUGUGGUGCCCCUCAAAGUUAAGAAUGAUACGAAGAAGACAUGAACACAUAUAAGCACCAGUGUUGACAAGUUUUCUGUGACUCUGUUGUGGAGCUCCAGAGCUCGGAAGGAGGAGAUCUGCUGUGCCGAAUGGACAUCCAGCCAAAAUCCUGAUUUGCAGGGACCUCCUUUUCUCUCUCUUUCUCUCUCUCUUUCUCUGUGUGUGGAUGGGAACCUAACUGUGAAAAGCUCUAAUCUCCUGUUCAUGACCAAUCCUAUUGUACAGUCAAGAGAACUCUGCAGCAUUGGCAGACUCCAAAGAGAGCUUGCAAACAGUGGCAGAAGGGAGGCAACGUAACAACCAGGAAACUUUUCUUUGCACGUGCGCCGCAUCUCAUGUGCACACAAGAACACUUGAGGAGUUUGACAAGAAGCUUAAAAAAGACAAAAGUAUGAACACUCUGGGACAAAAGUACUUGCUGGAGAUAUGUCAGGAUAUGUGGGGAAGGGUUAGUGCCAUGUUAAUGUACUGAAUUGUUAAACUCCUGGUACCCUCUACAAAGUGCUUACAUUAUGAGGACUGGUCCUUUUAUCUUUCUUUUGUAGCUCGGUACAGUAGAGCAAUGGAUUCGGUCUGUUCCAGUAAUCUGUUUGGUCUUCUUUGACUAUUGAAUGAAGCUUCUUAAAAGCAUUUUGAAGGCUGUUUUCCUUUUCCCAGAAUCUGUCAAUAUGUGUCUAUAUAUAAACUCUUCUUUUUCUGAAAGUCACUGGGGCUUUGGCACUUACAGUACGUUUAAAGAGAUAUAGUAUGUUUUCUGCCUAUAUGCAAAGGUCACAUGACCCUGCCUUAGCCAGCCUACUUCUCUGAUUGGCCGACUGACUGACACAACAUUGGCCUUAAGACGUUUCAGUGGCAUUGGGCUAGUUCAAGCCGAUCACUGUUCUCAUUUAUUAUUUAAUCCUUUCGUAUUCAUGCUCAGCUGAGAUAAACCGAAGUGCAAAUGCAGCGAACUGAUGCACUGACUUUAUUUUUAUAGCCAAUACUAAAGCGGUGUGUGUAUUUGUGUGUUGUUCCCCCUGAGAUUUCGAUUACACAUAGUCUUGUAAAAGAGCAGAAGAGAAAAGCUUUGUAAAUCUGCCAAAUGUCAGACGGUGCAGGAGUGCUUUGCUAGCUGAUUUUGCUUCAGGGAGUGAGUUGGCACAUUAGCAUGAGCCCAUCUCCAAGUCCACCCUCUAUAGUGUCACUCAAUACACCUGCUGAUGUCUUACUAAAUCUAUUCAAUCUCUUAUCUGCAAUUUAGGAGGCUUUUUUGCCCUUUUAUCAGUCAAGGGUUUUAUUUAUUUAUUUUUUAUUUUUGUAGAUAAAAAGAACAAUAGCGUUUUGUUUUAAUAGCAUUAUUUGCAUAUGACAAUCUUGCUGCAGAUUUGUUUUUGUGUAUCAAAACAUCCUAUAUAUGUAGGUGAAUGUUUUAAAAUGCACUUCGAAAUCCCAGUUUAAGAAUUUGCUUCAUGUGCUACGUGAAACUUAGUUGUAUACCUCAAAAAAAUGCUAUGAUCUUAGAUGUCAUGUCCAAGUACAUAGUGUUCAGUGUUCUCCUCUUUGCCAAACAAACACAUAAAAUAAGCACCAUCAGAGCUCAGGAUGGAAAUUCCCCCAACAAAACAUUUUCUUCUUUACACAUAAAGAGUCUGAGGCUUCAUCCAUUACUGAAAGCAUCUGUCAGGCGGGCGCGUCAGAUUUUGGCUUCAUCUAAAGCAACUGGGAUGAAAGGAGAAAGUAAAUCCUGAUAUCUUGUUAUGUCCUCCAUCUGGCAAUAGGUGAAAAUAAUCCCCCAUCACGGACGGCCUGGCCCUUUCUUGCCCGUUUAUCUGCUCCUCGCUAAAGAAUGUGUGGGGAGAUGGAAGGCGAGAUCAAAGAAAAGGCCUGCUCUAAAUUUAGAACUUCUCUGCAAAAUCCAGGGUCUGAAGGGGUUUGUUUAAAACACAAAAGCACAUGAAAGAUCCCCACAGACAGCCAGAGAGACCACCUGACCCGGCAGGCUCAUAACGGAGCAUUGUCUCCUCUUUUCCCGGCUAAUCCUUUAUACAGUAGAAUGUGUUCUGGGACACACGGCGGCUUUUCAUGCGAGACGUCACUUCAGUUUCAAGUCUUCUUCAGUGAUCCCAGUAGCACUCCCAGAUUGUAAAAACUCGCUUGUUUUAGUUGCAAUAUGCAACACAUUUUUUGAGUUUCUAUGCCCCCCAAUUGAACGUGUAUCAAUGCUAGUGUCAAAAAUUGUCAAGUCUUGUCUCGUCUUCAGCAGCUAUUUGAUUCCUUUAGCCCAAAGUAUUCUUCAUUUUUUGAUGCAUACACAAACAUCCAAUGCAAAAACUUUUAAAGUAUACUUCAUUUCCCUCAUGUGCGUAUCUAGGCAUUUGACCCAAGUUUCAGUAUCUCUCCUGACCUACAGCAUACCUGUCAACUCUUUUCCCAGGAUUCCUCGUAUUUUAACAUUCUAUCCCACUAUCAUCUCAUGAAAGAUGGCAGCAACACAAAACCGAUUCUCCCUAAAACCAUACUGUAGUACUGCCAAACCACCAGGGAGCCCCCUUGAUCUCAAAACUGAAAUAAUGACAAGAGCUGUUCGAAAGAAUUAUGCUUUCAUUUUAUUUUAUCUUGAUUUUUAUUUUGGCUUGAGAACACUUGAUCAUAAAAAUGGGCAAAUUCCCUUCUUUCCCAUUCCGUCCCCCUGCCCAUGAAUCAGUCAAUUUGUGUAAUGGUAUAUGACUGGCUAAUGCAAUUUUAAAACAGUUUGUAUUGUUAUUAUUUUUAUUUAGUGGUUAAUUCAAAUUAAUUUAAACAAUCUUUUUCAUACUUUUUAGUAUGAUUUACGUUUGGGGACACGCCGCCUUUAGAAAUUUUUUUUUCAGAUCAGGCUGGACUUCCGAAAACGCUUCAUAGUUAUGAAAGGAUGCUCCUCCUCGUGCGACUUCUGAUUUGAUUUAAAUCUGUGCAUUGGGGCUUAACGUGACAAUAUUUAAUGUUAAUUAAACCAAAAAUUAAAAUGAAAAAUUAAUUAUUCUUUAACUUUAAUCAAAUAGAAUUAAAUUUUGAGCCUGAACUUAGUAGAAGUAUCUUAAUAAUGGGUGUAGGAUUACCCCUAUGUUACCUGGAGCAAUCAAUACAAUCUCACGGCAAAACAUAACAUCAUCAUUAAGUGGAUAUUUCAUACGAUCUCAUUCAUACAAUUUAGUACGAUUUGCUUAUCCCUUAAUGACAGUUAGGUUUAGAGGCGGGGUUUGUUGCCAUGCCAUUUUUUAUAAAAAUUUACAUUUUCAUACUACUGAAUUUGUACAAAUUCCGAAUUCAUACAAAUUAGCUACUAAUCUAACGAACGUAAAAUAGUUAUGUUACCUCGUGAGAUCAGGCUGGAGCAAUGUAGGGCUCACAGGUAUGAUCUGCAGUUUUUUAAUUAUUUGCACAGUCAUUCAUCAUCAUAGCCAUUUAUAUUUGUCUUAAUGUACACCUGACCCUGACUGGUAGAUUGUUGUUUUUCUUUGACUACCUUCCAAUUUGAAGCAGGAUUACUACAAAAAAAAUUAAAAAUUAAAUGCGCAUGUGCGAUUUAAAAAGUGCACAGUUACUAAAUUAUACGCAUACUAAUCUGAAGACACAAUUCAUGCGUACAUGUAAAAAGUGAAGUAUACAUUGGGCUUUACAUUUGACAUAAAUGUUUCAAAUCCUGGAUGUUUGUAUGCCUGUAUAAUAAAUGUGUGAAUUUUUAUCAAGCUUUUAACAAUCAUGACUCUCUAUUUAGUUUUCUUAGUCUAUGUAUUAAUUUAAUUCUUAGUGAAAUAUGAGUUACUUAAAAUUACAUGUGAUCCUAUGAAAUGUUUUUAAUCUACUGUGGCUGCUUUCUUGAGGUUUCCUUUGAACCGCUUCAUAUUUCUAAUUAGGUAAUGGACCAGAUUACAUUUUAUUAAGUCUGUCGCAAGCAUUCUUGCUGUCUCUCGAAAGAUAUUAAUGAGCAAAAGCACUCAGAAGGGCCCUAUGUGAUGCCAAGAGUCUGUCUUUGAUAGUACCUGCACAAAACAGCAUAUGCUCUCACUCCUCAGAGACCCAGACAAGACAAGGCGGUAGACGUCUAAAGCAUAAUGUCUGGAGAAACUGAUUUUUUUAUUAUUAUUAUUGUGCAAAAAUUACUCCAGGUUGUAUACAUUAUAUGUUUUUAUCUUUAAAAAAACAGGUCAAAUGUUUUAUUUACAGAAUUUAAAGCUGAUUAAAUCAGUUUGGUCUAUUGAAGUAUUUAAUCAUACAUUUUUAAUGUUCAUCAUGCUUAAUUUGCAUCAGUUUGACACACGUUCUGAUAGGUUUAUGGUUAUGUGCACUUUUCUUUUGGUCCUUUGUGAAUGUAGGGCUGUGACCCUGCCAUCUGUAUAAGCUGUUUCCUUUUCUCUUUUCGACGCAGCAUUUUCAGCCUGUUUAAAUACACACAGUAUGAGGUAUAUUUUAGCCUGUUGAAAUUUGUGGUCUUGGAAAUGUUGUAUGGAAUGUUACAAUAAAGUGAUAUUUUUCUACAAACUGCA